UAUUACUUAAAACUUAUGUUUUGUACAUCAGCGAAUAAAAAUAACAAAAACAAGGAAAAACAAGAGCACGAAUACAGACCGAUAAGUGUCAUCAGUAUCAUUCCAUUUGAUACAAAAAGAGAAUAUUAAGAGAAUAAAAUAGUAAACAAUGACUACAAAUAAAAAAGAACUGGAAAAUGAAAUACGUACUUUAAAGGAAAUACUAUACCAGAAAGAAAAGGAACUGGAACAAUUAAAUAAAGUGUUUGAAAAGAGUAGUAAUUUAUCACCCUCAGAGAUCUCCAGGUAUAGUAGACAAAUAAUAUUGCCUUCUGUUGGAGUUGAGGGUCAGUUAACAUUAAAGAAAAGUGCUGUCCUAAUUGUAGGGGUUGGAGGGCUAGGAUGCCCUGCUGGUCAGUAUUUAGCAGCUGCAGGAAUAGGUAAAUUAGACAUAUUAGACAGUGAUGAAGUUGAGAUCACAAAUUUACACAGACAAAUCCUUCAUGUAGAAAGGAACAUAGGAGAGACAAAAGUAAAGUCUGGAUAUGACUCUCUGAAAAGGCUAAAUAGUAAUGUAGAAGUAAAUCCUUUGGAGUUACAUGCAAAUGGAGAAACUUUACAAAAAGUGUUCUCUGAAAACAAAUACGACGUUGUUGUUGAUUGCACAGAUAAUGUAGCAACACGAUAUUUGUUAAAUGAUAUGUGUGUAUUUAACAAAGUUCCUUUGGUAUCUGGCAGUGCUUUACAAUUGGAAGGGCAGCUGACAGUCUAUAAUUACAAAAAGGGGUUGUGUUAUCGUUGUCUAUUUCCAGUUCCCCCUCCUCCUCAAACUGUAACAAGCUGUGGAGAAGGUGGAGUUUUAGGAGCGAUUCCUGGAGUAAUUGGUGUCCUGCAGGCAUUGGAAGUGAUAAAAAUUCUCUUGGACUUCCCAGGAGUGUUAUCAGGACGAUUAUUAAUUUUUGAUGGGUCUGACACAGUAUUUCGGAAUAUUAAACUACGCCAAAGAAAUCCUCAGUGUGUAGUAUGUGGAGAUAAUCCGGUCAUAACGAAACCAAUCGAUUAUGAGCAAUUUUGUGGCUCAAAAGCAGCAGAUAAGGUGACUGAUAUAAAAAUACUCAACUCUAACGAUGAAACAGAUGUGAAAGAAUUUAAUUCAAUUACUAAAAAAAUUGUUAUCGACGUACGACAGGAGGCUGAGUUUCAGAUGUGUCAUCUUCCAAAUUCGAUUAAUAUUCCAUACAAAAAUAUAGUUAAAGGCAUUAAUUUGGAGGCUCUGAAUGAAAUUUUAACUGGCGUUAAUGAUAAUGAGAAAGUUUAUUUCUUGUGUAGAAGAGGUAAUGAUUCCCAGAGGGCGGUUUCUUUGCUAAAAGAGAAAUUUAACGAUUCUUGUGCCAUAUUAUUGAGUGUUGCAGGUGGAUUAAAUGCUUACAGUAAGUUAAUUGAUCCAUCAUUUCCAUUAUAUUAGUGUUAGAAACUGUUUCAAUCCAAUUAAAAAAUAAUUCAGUCGAAAAUCGUAAAAAAUGGUUGUGAUAUUUGUAUCUUUUACUAGUAUUAAAUUAUCAUAAUGUAAAGGUCAUUAAUCUUGUAACUCCAGAUACAAAUAACAAAGAUGAAAUAUUUUAUUGUUUUGUGUACAUGCAUAGCAUAGCUUUUUUAAACAAAGUAAUUUAAUUAUACUGACCAGUUUAUUUUAUUUGCAUGUUACAAUAAAAAAAUU